GACUGUAGAGAGGGAGAGUAGUCUUUACAGAGAUUCUGGCGUGGGUGCGUGGUUUGCCAGCAAUGAAACAGAAGGACCAAAGUUUUCUCUCAGUUUAUUAGGUCAAAGCUGGCACUGUGUAUUCAUGCAUUUCCCUUUCAUUCCCUCUCCCUCUCUAUAUCAUAUUUACAUGUUUUAGUAUUCUCUCUUCAUUUCAAACAUCAAAAAAAUGAAAAUAUUAAUGUAAAUACAGACACCCUUUAGGCCAAGAAACAAGAAAAUUUGCAGCAUUUUGAUGGUUAAUGAUCCUUGUACAUCAACAAUGGCUGCAUCUCCAACUCUUUCCUGUGCAGAAAAGAAGCAUUGGUGGAUUAGCAACAAAAAGAUUGUGGAAAAAUAUAUCAAAGAUGCAAAAAUUCUCAUUGCCAGUCAAGAAACAAAUGAGAUUGCUUCAGCUCUUGGACUUCUUGAAGCUGCACUUGUACUUUCUCCACGUCUUGAAAUAGCACUUGAGUUAAAGGCUCGAUGUUUGCUUUAUUUAAGGUGUUUUAAGGAUGUAGCCUAUAUGUUACAGGACUAUAUUCCUAGUCUAAGAAUUCCUAGUGAUGACACCUCUUCUACCUCUUCUUCUGGUUCAUAUGAUAAUUCAAAGGAGCAAAUUAGGCUUAUUUCCUCUGGUGAUGAACCAAAUUUCAAGUGCUUCUCUGUUUCUGAUUUGAAGAAGAAAGUUAUGGCUAGCCUUUACAAGAAUUGCAAUAAAGAAGGCCAAUGGAGGUAUUUGGUCUUAGGACAAGCUUGUUGCCAUUUGGGUCUAAUGGAAGAUGCAAUGGUUCUGUUACAAACUGGAAAACGCCUUGCUACAGACGCCUUCAGACGCGAGAGCAUUUGUUGGUCCGACGAUAGUUUUUCAUUUGCAAAAUUUCCACUCUCAGGAAAAAACUGCACAACUUUGCCGAUAACCGAGUCAGAAAUCAUCUCUCAACUUCUCAGUCAUAUCAAGCUACUCUUACGACGAAAAACUGCUGCUAUUGCAGCUCUUGACGCCGGUCUUUACUCAGAAGCUAUUAGACAUUUUUCAAAGAUUGUGGAUGGUCGUCGUGGUGCCCCUCAGGGAUUCAUGGCCGAAUGCUAUAUGCAUCGAGCAUCAGCAUAUCGUUCCUCUGGUCGAACUGCAGAGGCAAUAGCUGAUUGCAAUCGAACUUUAGCGUUGGAUCCUUCUUGCAUUGAUGCUCUUAGGACCAGGGCUGCAUUAUUUGAAACCAUAAGAUGCUUGCCCGAUAGUCUUCACGAUUUGGAACACUUAAAACUCUUGUACAAUUCAAUUCUACGCGAUAGGAAAUUAUCAGGACCAAUAUGGAAGCGUCAAAAUGUGGAAUACAGGGAAAUUCCAGGGAGGCUUUGUUCCUUGGCUACUAAGAUUCAAGAAUUGAAGAAGAGGGUUGCAAAUGGCGAAACAGGGAAUGUAGAUUACUAUGCAUUGAUUGGUUUGAAGUGGGGUUGUUCAAGAUCAGAACUGGAAAGAGCGCAUUUGUUGCUAACUUUAAGACACAAGCCUGAUAAAUCGACGAGUUUUAUAGAAAGAUGCGAGUUUGCAGAUGAACAAGAUGUAGAUUCUGUAAGGGAUAGAGCAAAGAUGUCUGCUUUACUGUUGUAUAGAAUGAUGCAGAGGGGUUAUGCUAGUUUGAUGACGAUAAUAAAGGACGAAGAAAUGGCCGAGCAGCAGAGAAAGAAGGCUGCUGCUGCAUUGCAACUGAUGCAGCAACAAGUUCAGCUAAAUCAAGAACUCCAACAAUCAAAAGCUGACACUUUCGGCACAGCUGCAAUGCAGCAUGCUACAUCAUGUAGUAACACAAACGCCACAAACACAAACGCGACAGUGUUCCAAGGGGUGUUCUGCAGAGACAUUGCCAUAGUUGGGAAUUUGUUGUGUCAAACAGCUGGUUUUAAUCAACCAAUUCCAGUGAAAUAUGAAGCAUUGAGUUGCUGAAUAUAUAUUAGCUUGAGAUGUUAAUGCCACUGGCUCAGCAGAACCUGAAUCUGCUCCUAUAUCAUUGUACACAAGGGGGGGAAAUGUACUUACCAACUGCUAGCUGGGAAAGUUUUGUUACCUAGUUUAAUCUAUUUUUCGUUAUUUUCAUAGUCUCUUCUCAAUAAAAAUACUCUAGCUUUGCACUA